AUGAUUAGGAGAAGGCAAUGGAAGGCAGUAAAGGCGGUCUGCUCUUCUUCUCCAGUCCAAAUGACGCACAAGCAUAACCAGCAACUCCUCAACUUAGCUCUCGAACUCUCCAAUCCAGACGCACAAGCAUUUGAUUUCGGUUUUAAUACUGGAGGUGAGAAAUCAACAGUGAAGCCACAAGCCCCGAUCAAACUCGAAGCCUUCAUCUUUUUUCUCUCAGACCAUCGAGAAAGAGCAAAACAUGACUAUGAACAACUGAAGAAAACUGUUGAUGAACUGCGGGCAUCUGAGCAGGCUUCUGGUUCUCUUGUGUUUCCUCUGUUUCCAUUGGAUGCCAUUCAAGGCAAAGUUGUUGCAUCAUCAGGAACAGCACCAUUAGGAGAGAAGAGAUUAUCUUUCUUGGGCAAUCCUCUCUGUCUCUUUUCCUGA